UGUCAGCCCAGUGUCAGUCUGAUGAAGAUUGGCAUGCAGUCUAAAUGUAAAGCUAUCCCAUGAUGCAAAAUGUGUCCCCAGCACCUGCAGUGACAAUGAUGGCCACCCAGAGCGUUCCUCCACCAUCGUACCAGGAGAGCCAACAGAUGACAGGCACCACUCAGCAGAACACCAAGACCCCACAGGUGCACAUCCCAGCAGCCUCUGCAGCAGGAAACACCUCCGUCAGCGUGACCCUCGACCCCCAGGCCCAGCUGGAGUCUGACAAGAGGGCCGUCUACAGACAUCCGUUGUUCCCCCUGCUGGCGCUGCUGUUUGAGAAGUGUGAGCAGGCCACGCAGGGCUCUGAAUGCAUCACCUCCGCCAGCUUUGAUGUGGACAUUGAAAACUUUGUGCAUCAGCAGGAGCGAGAACACAAACCUUUCUUCAGCGAGGAUCCAGAGCUGGACAACCUGAUGGUGAAGGCCAUCCAGGUGUUGCGAAUCCACCUAUUAGAGUUAGAGAAGGUCAAUGAACUCUGUAAAGAUUUCUGCAACCGUUACAUCACCUGCCUCAAGACCAAGAUGCACAGCGACAACCUCCUGCGCAACGACCUGGGAGGCCCCUACUCUCCGUCACACACCAGCCUCAACAUGCAGCAGGAACUAAUUCAGACCUCCUCUCCAUCCAUGACCUCUGUCUCCAGCUCUGUUAACCCUUCAGGGAUACUGGUGUCUGCCGGGGGUCUGCAACAAGGCAAUGUUACCAUGACUACCAUCAACUCCCAAGUGGUAUCGGGUGGGACCCUGUACCAGCCGGUUGCCAUGGUGACAUCGCAAGGGCAAUUGUUAACGCAGGCGCUGCCGCCGGGAACCAUCCAGAUCCAGAACUCACAGUUAAACAUGGACCUGGCGUCCCUGUUGGACAGCGAAGACAAGAAGUCCAAGAAUAAGAGGGGGGUCCUGCCCAAACACGCCACCAACAUCAUGCGCUCCUGGCUCUUUCAGCAUCUCAUGCACCCAUAUCCAACAGAAGAUGAGAAAAGGCAGAUCGCAGGACAAACAAAUCUAACCCUUCUGCAAGUCAACAACUGGUUCAUUAACGCUCGCCGGCGGAUCUUGCAGCCCAUGCUGGAUGCCAGUAACCCGGACCCCGCCCCCAAAGCCAAGAAGAUGAAGUCCCAGCACCGGCCCACCCAACGCUUCUGGCCCGACUCCAUCGUGGCUGGAGUUCUGCAGGCGCACAGAUCAGGGAACAACUCAGACAACCCGCUUAUGGACAGUCUCCAAUCGCUGUCCUCGGACUCGGCCACCCUGGCCAUGCAGCAGGCCAUGCUGGGAGCAGACGACUCCAUGGACGGCACCGAGGAGGAGGAAGAGGAGGAGGAAGAGGAGGAGGAAGAGGAGGAAGGAAUGGAAGAGGAAGAAGAGGAGGAGGACGGAGAUGGAGAGGAGAAUGAGAGGGGAAGGCAAAUGUCCAGCGGGGGAGGGGGACAGAGAGACCUGCGCAUGGAGCACAGAGAGGAUUUAGAGUAGUGGUCUAAAGGAAGAGACUUGAAUCCAUCGUCCUCUCAGACUCAUCACAGCCAACAUGGACGGCUCUGAUGCUGAGUGACUGAGAGAAGCAUGAGUGUGUUUCCAUCAGAGACUCCAUGGAGCCUAUUCACACUGACCAUCACAGCUACAGAGGACUAAUAUGAGUUUAAUGACAAAUGUGUGUUGUUCCGUUUUAUUAUCGUAUGUUCUAAUGCAGUGAGCCCCUGAAAUAUUUGGAUACACUGAACAAACUGAAACGUUGCCUUUAAUGAAAUGUAUUAUGUCAACAGAUUUCACAUAACUGUAUUAGGUUAGUUGAAAGCAAUAAUAUUCAUAUUAUUGCUUUCAGCUAACCUAAUACAGUUAUGUGAAAUAACACAUUUAUUGUGUAGAAGCACAUUUGAGCUCCUGUUAGUCAUGGGCAGAAAUGGCGCAGGAACUUAAAGGUUUAAACGAUAACUGCCCGUUUUAAAUUGAGAGAUAUGAACUACUUUACAGUAACUGUUUAGAACACAGCCAUGACAUGUCUGAGGCUGAACUCAGGUUACUGUCAACAGAAACAUCUUGAGUAGUCGUAGAUGCAUCAAAAAAAAAAAAGAUCUUUGCACAGUGAGAUGUUUUGACUGCAUGUGAAAACAAUGCAAACAUAAUUGGUAUAUCUCCAAAAUUGCAGCACCAUUAAAAGAGUUACAAGAAGAUCUGCAGCUUUUUAACUCUUCACUUCAUGCGACUGAAAGUACUCUCAAUGUUUCACUCUCAGUCAGUAAGUGUGUCUUUUGCUUUCUAAAAAUAGAGUGAGGUUCUUAAAGAAAGGAACAUUAGAAAAGGUGUGAAGCUGUUUGUGUUUGCUUCCACUGCUGGAACAUCGUCACGCCUUCUCAUGACUCAUGGGUUCUCAGGUCGGCUACACUCACUCUGUGUGUUACUUCGUCACUUGACUCAUUGCUGCAGAAAACCUUUUAGAGCAUGACUUUUCAAUCUUUUUUUUUUGUUCACAUUGUUUCUCUUCACCCAUGAGCAAAAAAACGAAUAAACCAGUGUAUGCUGACUGCACAUACAGUAUAGUAUGUAUAUCAGAUGUUUUAUGUUUGCAUUCGGCUGUUGAAUGUUUGCAUAUUUAUUUUGUAUUUCUUUGCAUGGCAUCAGAGUAGCUGAAGGAACAACAGGACAUGUGCUACACUCUUUCUGAAUCAGGCCGUUGUAUUACUUGGUGACCAUGCACAUACUGGACUUCAGCCACCAAGUCAGUCUUAGAAAAUUGCUUAUGUAUUUUUAUGACCUCGGGUGAUUCUGUCACAAAAUAAGAGCAUGGCAAGCACUGCAGUCAGGACGAAGUGUCUCACCCUCUCCUCAACAUGAAGCGGAAUCACACAGACCGCCAAUGGCCAGUGUCUUUUACUGACAAACUUUUCAAGGCGACAAAGAAGAGAAUUUUGAAAAAAGUGAGAAAAAGAGAAAAAUAACUCAGUAGAAAACGUCUCUUUCAAUUUUAUGUGAAGGAUUUUGAAGAAACUGUGAAAGAGUUCUCUGUUUUGUACUAAAACACACAUUGAGUUGCUCGUUUCUAAUGUGAAGAUGUCUAGAAAAAGAAACUCCAUGUUAUAUUGAAUGUUCUGAUUGUUCAUUGUGAAGUUUGUUGCUCAUUAAUAUUCUUUUCUCAGUUGAUUUUUUUAAUGGAUCUUCUACAACCAGUGGCAGACAAUAGGGAAUAUUUCUAUUUCAUUUGUACACUUGGUUGUCAUAAUCUAUUGUGUUUCAAUAGAUCAAUUUGAAUAAUUAAAACAUG